CAUUCCCUUGCUUUGUUUCUCUCUCAGUUUCUCAUCUUAUCCAUUUCCAAAUUAACCAAAAACCUUCUCUUCUCUCUCCACCUCAAUCCGUCCCCAAUGGCAAAUACUGCUGCUGCUGCCGUUGCUGGAAGCUUAUUAAUCUUCAAAACCACCACCACUACAACUAAAAAUACAUCUUCUUAUCCAUCCCCCAAAAAUAGAACCAUUCUCACCUCAUUAUCAUCAUCAACACGCCCUUCUUCCUCUUCUUCUCUGCUCCACAACCCUUAUGCUGCAAUCCUUUUCUCCUCCUCCCCCAUUAAUAACACUGUGGAUAUUUUGCCCAUUGCCAAUAAAUUUAGGAAUUUUAGAGUGUUGGCUUCAGAAGUCACCAGUACUGCUACUACCACCGAAGAAGAAGUAGGCAAAGAUGGAGACCAGUCAGCUACUGCUACUUUGUCACAACUAGCUAAGGUGGAGGGAACUAUUGUUCAAAGACCGCCUUUUGAACUUUAUGUCUGCAAUCUCCCUAGAAGUGUUGGGGACUCUGAGCUUACUGAGAUGUUCAAGCCUUACGGACCCAUUCAAUCAAUUGAGGUUGCAAGGAAUGCUGAGACCGGGAUAAGUAAAGGUUGGAGUUAUGUAGUAAUGAGUUCCCUUGCAGAAGCUAAAGCUGCAAUUAUGGCUCUCGAUGGAUCGGAUGUUGAUGGCCGCGAAAUGAGAGUGAAAUUCUCAAAUGCUAUGGUUGUAAAAAGAGUUCUUGAGGCAGCUAAGAAGAAGAAAAAGAAUAAUAGUACUGUUAUGAUCUUUGAGACCCCUCACAAGAUAUAUGUCGGGAAUCUUGCUUGGUCAGUGAAACCUGAGGAGCUGAAGAUUCAUUUUGGCCAAUUCGGAACUGUGGUUAGUACAAGGGUAUUAUACGACCGCAAGGCCGGAAAGAAUCGAGUUUAUGCCUUCCUUUCAUUCUCUACAGCUAGUGAGUGUGAGACUGCAAUUGCGGGUGCCAAUGGAACAGAACUUCAAGGUCGCAAAAUGACGGUGAGACAAGUCGUAAAGCCUAGCACGAGCAGUGACUCCAGUGAGCCAUAAAUGAAUUGUGUAAAUUCUGAAGUUUUGUAACUUUAUGAAGUAUACUGACUUAAGGAGGCCUAAAUGUAAUCUCUUUUUGAUGAAUCUCAAAUCUAGCUGUACAAUUUGUUUGUUAGCUAUGAUCAAGUUCAGUACUGCAUAGCUUAAAGCAAAGGAGAAGAAGACAUUUUUGUCUGCCUUAGCUUGGAAUAUACAUUGUUUUAACUCGUAAGUAGGAAAUCAGAAUUGGGAAGAUUAUACA